GUUGUUUUAAACACUUUGACGGGACACGCAAGUUGUAUGACAUAGGUGACAUAGGGUACAUCUCGAAUGCAUAGCUCUCAUUUUUCCACGGCUGGCCAGUUCAACGGAAGGUCUGCUCAGCAGAUCGCACAGCUGCCCACUGCUGCAGUUGCAUAGACAUACAUCGCUACGCCAUUGCAGACAUUAAACUGUAUACAUCUGCAUACCAUCACGCCAUGGCAUGUUCACACGUGGCAGGAGCUUGGCAGGAAAUACGCAGUGCUACGGUGCUACGUGGCAUGCACAUGCCAUGUGUGGCUGACAAGGGGUCUGUGGCCAGCGUAACAAGGAGUAGAAGGCCAAGAGCCGGCUCAAGUCAUGGAAUGAGCCUCAUCAAUGCUCUUUCAUCCUUCCCCUUGUCAGAACCUUCAUUGAAGGAACUUCACACAAGCCGUGCGCCACUUGGCUUGAACAAAGAUAUGCCCACAGGAUGUGAAGCUGUGCUCAUGAAGUUGUGCCACUGCGAUCUUCACAAACAGUUCUCACCAAAUGAUAUUCUCCUACCUGAUGUUCAAAUGCAAACUGAUUUGAAACACAUGAACACUUGUGAAUUCAAACUGAGUGAACUAACUGGCAAUUGUUUCACGUACAACAACCUUGCAGCACGAUCUAGCGCAUGCUGAUGCAAAUAUUGGCAAAAUCACAAACAGGAGUUGAGUUUACAGACUGGAAUGACA